CGGGGGAGCGUGCGGCGAGGGGGUCCGAGGCUGAGGAGGGCUGAGGAGGGCUGAGGAGGGUGGAGGCGGAUGACAGCCGGCCGAGAAGGACUGCACCUCUCCAAGAGCCCCUCCUCCCAUCUCUGCAAACUCUUUAACAUCUGGACAGGAGAGUUGUAGGAGGUGGGGACAGAGGUCGUCAGAGCUGAAGAAGAACAGGCUUGUCCCCUGCUCCCGGGAGCUUACCGCCUGGUCACAAUACUGCCAUUGGGACUCGUGAGACAAUUAGUGAUCAGCCUGAUAAUACAUGAGUGAUGGCCCACAGUCAGUAUCAAAAGUCCAAAAGAAUUUCCAUCUUCCUGAGCAUGCCAGACGAGAUCGAGACAGAGGAGAUCAUCAAGGACAUUUUCCGGCAAGGCAAAGCCUGCUUCAUCCCGCGGUACCAGUUCCAGAGCAAUCACAUGGAUAUGGUGAGGUUGGCCUCGCCCGAGGAAAUCUCUGCGCUUCCUAAAACGUCCUGGAACAUUCAUCAGCCAAGAGAAGACGAGGUUCGGGAGGAAGCCUUGUCGACAGGUGCCCGUGGUGCCUCGUGGUGCCCCGUGGCGGCCCGUGGCGGCCCGUGGCAGCCCGUGGCGGCUUCUGGUUCCACAGCAGCCUUGCGGUUCACGUUCCUGGCAGAAGGGAGCAAGUCUACGGGUAAAAUCCCACUCUUCUCACUGACCCAAAUCGGGUCAAGUGGCCAUCCCCCAAAUCAGUCCCUGCAGCCCGGCAUGUGGAUGAGGCCAGCUCCUGGGCUGCUCACUGGGAGCAAGGAGGGUUGCAUGUUCGCACCUGCUGCGCUGCUCCAACCACUGGUCCUGGAGUCCGGUGGUGACUUCUCACGGGAGAAAUAGGCUCUGCGUUGGAACGUGUGGAAUGGACACUGGACAGUCCCAAGUUUGCACUCGCCUGUACUGUCAUGACCAGCUUCUGCUCAUUUCAGACAUUUCUGAAAUUCUUUUUUUUGUUUAAGAUUUAUUUAUUGUUUUAGGGGGGCAGUGAGGAGCAGAGGGAGAGAGAGAGUCUCAGGCAGACCCCCCCCGCUGAGUGUGGAGCCCAAUGUGGGGCUGGAUUCCAUCACCCUGAGAUCGAGACCUGAGCCAAAACCGAGAGUCAGAUGCUCAAGCCGCUGAGCCCCCCAGGCGCCCCCUUUCUGAAAUUCUGUCGAAUAUCGCAGGCUGUUUGCCGUCACUUUGUCUGUGCUGCUAUUUUAUUUCUC